UGUACAGCUCCUGAGUACCCGUCUGCGCUCACAGUACACAGAUCUUCGUCGCUCUCUAUCCCAUCCUCUGACUACCUUCUGUGGUCCGACCAGCCCUGAAUUUGUUUCACUUCCAAGGUUCGCGUUCCUCACAUACCUAGGCAUCAUAGUCAGCCUUAUCGCUGACAACGAUCGCAAUGCCAACGAAUCUCUCCAGCUUUAGCGAAGCGCGCGAUGCGAGACUGAGUGGCGAGGGAACGUUGGAAGAAUGUUUGCGGCACAUUGUGGCCUACUACAAGCAUCACAAACACACGGUAGAGUCUGCCGACAAAAAGCCAUGGCAGCUCCCGAGCGGCUUCGAGUGCGAAGUACGAGAUCUACUGCUCAGCGAGAACUAUGAACCACCCACGGACGAUGAUACAACCAUCAUCCUUUCGAUCUUCCUGAGUGGAUUCCAAGGCGACGUCCUUGCCAUCAGAAAACUCCUUGAAUCUUCUGGCAUAGACCCAAUAUACUAUCUCCGCCCUCUCACGAGUAUCUCAUCAGAAAGAGGCGACACCCAACUACUCCGUUUCUGUUUCGAGAUCGGCUUUUCGCCCGACUACUUCGACUCCAUCUAUUUUCUAGGCUGGCGUUCCAGAAGCGACCCCAGUAUGGAAUGGCUCGAUGUCUUGUUCGACUUGGACUUUUGCAAAUGGCGCACCAACCCACAGCAGUUGAACCGCUAUCCGACCUGGAGUGAUAUGGUUCGCAUGGGACCUGACGCCACUCGCUGGUGGAUAGACCAUGGAGGUAGUGUGAACAGGUGCCGAGGACUCUUUUGGUCAUGUCACAAGGAGCCAUGGCCGGGAGCGGCAACGUUUCGAGUUCUGUUGAACCACUUUGGAAUCGACUGGUUCAGAGACUCGGGGACACUGCAGCUAGCAGUCGAGAACCACGACCUGGAAACUGUGAAGAUGUUGCUAGAAGCAGGAGCAGAUGUCAACGAAGAUGUCACUGACUGGAACACGGAUAUCCGUGAGCAUCGAGCCGCCCCACUACCAGCACUAGCGACGGCUAUGUACGCCAAAUCUGACGUAAUGAUCCGAUACCUUGCGGAGCAUGGGGCAAAGCUUCGGCGCUAUUAUGUCGAAGACCCAUACAAAAACAUGCCAGAGGAAUUCAAGCCCUUCAGGAGUUUAGUGGUAGAGCUGGGUGCUGUCGAAGAGUAGGCAUGCUAUUUUCCUACGCGUUUGCAAACUACAUGGCAUUUAC